GCCCGGAGGGUCUCGCCCGAGCCCCGACCGUUUGUUCUGUGCCGAACCCCCGAACGGUUUCACGUACUCUUUAACUCUCUCUGCAGAGUCCUUUUCAACUUUCCCGAACGGUACUUGUCCUCUAUCGGUCUCGCGGCGAUGUUUAGCCUUAGAUGGAGUUUACCACCUCUUAGGGCUGCACUACCAAGCGACCCGACUCUUAGGAGAGAUCCUCCCGCCGCUCCGUGCCGGCCUCCACGGGUCUUUCACCCUCUACGGAAUCCGAUAACGGGGGAAGCCGUUCCAGGACGGGGUUUUUUAGGCCCACUCGCUGCAUUUGGACCGUGCACGGGCCCCGGGCGCCGAC